AUGGCAGACAAAAUAAUCAAGAAGGAACCUUGCUCAUCUCAAUCUUUCCAGGGCGACUCGAUGUCUGACAGUGAUAAUGAGAAGCCGCCAGUCAGGACUCCAACAAAGAAGCCCGCUUCCACCAAGUUCGUAGCAAAGAAGACGAUCGGCAAGUCACUCGCUGCUCUAUCGUCUCAGAAAGCUGCGAAUUCAGCAACCAGACCUAAAGCCCGAUGGGAAAGUGAUCUUUCUGGGCUUCCCCGUGUGCAGGCUGUAAAGAUCUUGGAGGAUGCAGCUGAGCAGAGCAACACAUUCAUACAAGCAGCAACUCAGAUCUUAAAAGAAUACCAAGACAAUAUACCCGCUGUCAAGCAUAGAAUAGACAGACAUUCCCAAGUUUACAAAGAGAGGAGAGAAUGCCAAAUCCACAUUGGCUUUCUCGGAGGUAGUGGAGCCGGCAAGUCUUCUGUUAUCAAUGCCCUCCUUGGCGAAGAGGAUCUUCUCCCAGUCAGUGAUGAAGUCGCAUCAACUGCCGUCAUCGUCGAAAUCUCCUAUAACAAUUCAGAGGAUCCAGAGCGCAUGUACAGUGCCACUAUUGAUGGAGUCAGCAAAUCAGAAAUUCAACAAGAGUUGGAAGAGCUCUACGAAGACAUGGCUGCAUGGAAUUUGGGAGUUGGAGAGGAGGAAGGAGAGGAAGGAGAGGAAGGAGAAGAGCCAGACACAGAGAUAAUGCAGAGAAUGCAAAAUACGGUUUCAAAGUACAAGUGUGUCUUUGCAGAACUCAAAACUCUCGACGACUGGGCAAAAACCUCUGUUGACAAGCUUCUAGCAACAACCAGUGCUCAGCUUCUGAUGGAUAAGAAGCGCACCAUAACCAAGGAUAAUGUGAAAGAAUUCGCGGCUUCUAUAAAACCAUUUAUUGACACUAGCAAAACAAAAGAUGGAGGUGUCGGUCAUUCUUUGUGGCCUCUUGUGAAGGUCGUAAAGCUUUUCAUAAAGGCCCCUAUUCUCAAGGCUGGCAUCGUGUUUGUCGAUCUCCCAGGUGUUCAUGACACCAGUGCAGCCAGAAAUGCUAUUGCUCGAAACCACAUGAAAAACCUCGACAUUUCUUGUGUUGUCGCCCCCAGUGUAAGAGCUGGAAGUGACAAAGGCGCACAUGUGAUUCUCAAUUCGAUACAGAAGCGGGACAUGCAGUUUGAUGGUCUCUUCACCGCAGAUUCACUUUUCUUUGUCGUUAGCAAGAUUGAUGACUCCUUGAAGGUGCGGCGCUACAUCACAGAUCAUCCAGACUUGGGUGAGAAACUCGCACCAGAUCUCAAUGCCAUUCAGGCUGAAGAGGAUCAACUCAAGGACAUCGAAGAGCGAUUGAAAGUGCUCGUUUCAAAACGCGAAAAGGGAGUCAAAAACAUUGCCAAGUUGACUGGAGUGAUCAGCAAAAGUUCUAGUGGUCGGGUAGCAUCCAGACAAAAGCGCAAACGCGAUGAAAGCGUUGAGGCUGCACUGCCAAAUGAUACUCUCUCUCAGGCUCAAAAUGCUCGUCAAAACCUUCAGAUGGAAGUUAACAGUUAUUCAAACCAACUUUGGUCUUUGCAGACGAAGAAAGAAAGCAUAGAAAGCAGCCUAGCAAAUAAUCAGGCCCGAAUAAAAGCGAAAUGCAUCAAGAACAGGAAUGAUAUACAGAUAGCAGCAAUCACAGAAGAAUUCGAGACUGGUAGAAAGGAACUUGGAGAGCAGGAUGCUUCAAGACCCUUGCAAAUCUUUUGUGUUUCUGCAAAGGCAUUCUUAGAUUUGUGCAGUGGUCAAGAAGGCGAAGCUCUUGCUUGUGGAUUUUUUACAAAAGCUGAUACUGGUAUUCCCACAUUUAGAGAUGCUCUGAUAGCUAAGACAUGGAAGACCCGACUGCACAAUUCUCGUACAUUCAACGAGGGAGUCGCAAAUGCUGCAGCACUACUCGAUAUGUGGUCGGCUGAUACGAUUGCAGACUUCAAAAUGAAAUCGGAUGAGCGAGCAGUCGUUGAAACAAAACUCGAUGAGAUGUACGGAGCUCUAGAACAGGAAUUUGAGAAACUUAAUGUAGACACCGCCAAUGCGAUAGAAAAGCUUCUCGCAGAUGAUUUAUAUCCUCAAUUUGAGAUUAUCGUCAGAAAGGCGUAUAAAGAACAGAAGCAGCUAGUCCUCAGAGAGUGGAUACAAAGACCAAUCGCAUGGAAUACUCAUCGUGCAAUCAACAAGAGAAUGGGGGUUUGGAUCUCGGUCCGUGCUAGCAAAGACUUCGAUUGGAAUGAGCAAUUAAACAACGCGUUCUUGAAGCACUUGUUAGUUUUGUGGAAUGAGACUUUUCACAAAAAGCUGCCUGCGCUGAGAAAGCCGUAUGACGAGCGUGUCGACACCCUCAUCGCCGAAUUCACUGACUUGACCUUGAGUGCAGCUGAUGAUAUCUCACCAUCCAUCCGAGAUAGCUUUGAGAAUGUCAAAGAUAGCAUCUUGGCACAUCGACGUCGGCUCAAGCAAACUGCUGGUGUCGUAUUUGAUGGCUUCGAUGUUUCUGCUAAGGACAUUUGGCGAAUUAUUAAGACAGAGUGUGAAGACACAUGGAAAGAAAUCUAUCGGGAAUGUGGUGAUCGGAAGGGGACUGGGACCUACGAGCACAACAAAGAAGCCCACAAGACCCAUCUCAAAGGAGAUGGUGGUCUAGCUAUGUAUCACAGUGCAUCCGUUAAAAUGCUUGAGGCUUUUCAAGAAGCUUGUCAAGAGCUUCCUGAAAAAUUCGAGGAGAGUUUCGAUGACAGUCUCAGAAUCAUCAAGCAAGAAUUUAUUGAUGUUCUCGAACAACAUACCGCCUCUGGAACUCGUCACAAUGCAAGAAGAGUUAAUUCAAAGUUCAAAAUUAAUCUUCGUGCUGCUCUCGAACCCCAUUUCCAACAACUUUAUAAAGCCUGGGAAGCCGAGCCUGAACCUCCGUCCCAUAUCCAUGAUGAUCACAUCGUGAAUGAGCCUUCUGACAGCGAGCUUUCCGACGACAUUGACGAGUUAUUGAAAUUUGGGACUCAAGAAUAUAUGGACAGGGACAGCAAAGGCUCAGAUAUCGAUGAACGAGAUCCAUUUUAA